UCAUGGUUCCCCAGCCUCCGCUCCCUCUUUCUCUUUCUCACACCUCAUCGUGCAUUUCGUCUCUUGACACUCUCCACUCUCCGCAUUCCUUGCUUAUUACUCCGUCCCCUGCAGUCCGUCGUCCAAAAUCCUCCUCGCUGGAACCGAGUAUAUUCCCCAGACCAUUAAUCGAUCACUAUGGCCUCUACUACCACACUCGACCUCUCGUCCAAACGACGACGCUUCCAACCGCCCAUCACAACGUUCUUUACCCCAUCCCUCGACCCUACCGCUCCAUCUUCGCCUUCUCACUUAUCCCACAAUCACUAUGCUGCCGUAACACACUCACCCCACCCAGUCGUCCCCGCCAAGGUCCAAGCGUCGCUUCUCUCGGUCGGGAUGCGCGUGCGCAAAUCCAUCGCCGAUGGUUACAAGACGAACCUCGCAAAGGCAGAGGAAAAGUACACCACCUACGAAGAUAAUAAAGUCACACCCAACAACAUAACUACAACUCACACCACCCUUCGAAACCGUUCAGAACUUGCUCCAUUCUGCGGAAUGAGCAAAUCGGAUGAAGUCCUUCAACCUUUCCCUCACCCAACUGGACACAUUCUCCGCGAUCAUAGCCGGAUGAUUGCAACAGACGAAACGGAUGAUGCUUUCUCGCUUCCUCCUAGCAGCCAGGAGUCUGUUGACUCCGAACUACCCGCACCCACAAUGAAUCUCCUUCAGAGGAAGCGCACCCACGGUGACUUUGACUUCGACCCCUACGAAGAUGAACAUGAACAGAUUGAUUUCGGUGAUGAUGAGGGCAUGUCGCAAACAUGGCAUGACCCAUUGCGCCAACACCCAGUAACUCACACAACCGGUCGAACGAUCCUUUCGCCAACUGUCAACCACCAACGACGGCGCGCAUUUGGGCAGCAGAAUUCCAAGGCGGUUCAGACCCCAAUGGACCUUGAUGAUUUUGAAGAACCAGCGUUCUUGCGGAAGCGGGAGGAGGUUGGUAUGGAUGUUGAGAUUUAGAUGGGUGGAAUCUAAAAACUACGCAGUCUGCUUUACCACCCUACCGCCUCAUAAUUGACAAGGGCCAUGGAGGGUAUAAUGACAGCCAACCACUGGCUGGUUUCAGUGGCUGUUGGUCCUCGAUUAGGUCCUUCUGUGCUGUUUAUCUCUUCCAAUGUCCUUGUACUCCUGUUCCAUUAUAUCCAUUACCCACACUUGUACAUAUUAUACCCUGAUUGUUGUUACUGUUAGCACGCAUCAUCAUUUGUAUUUUUAAACGGUGUCAUACCAGAUCAGAUUUGUACAAAUACAAAUAACAAUAACUACUAAAUUGCCAACUACUGUG